GAAAUCUCGCAAGUUGCGAGAUUCAUGAUAACAACUUGUGCGUCUGCUUCUAAAAUGGCUUCCCUCCUGAGUCGAACGGUGUUGUCUGUGCGGUCUCCUUUUUACAGCAAUGGUGUUAGAUGUGUCAGCACCUCCAGUGUCUAUUAUGCUGGUACUACAACAAAGUCAAAGAAGACAUUAAGCAGGCCCGGUGUCCGCAAUGUGGUGCUUGUUGAAGGUGUUCGGACACCUUUCCUCCUGUCUGGUACAACAUACAAGAACCUGAUGCCUCAUGACUUGGCACGCACAGCACUUCAGGGUCUUUUGAAAAGGACAGGCUUACCAAAAGAUGCUGUAGACUACAUUACCUAUGGAACAGUCAUACAAGAAGUCAAGACCAGUAAUGUUGCUCGUGAGGCAGCACUGGGGGCAGGUAUUUCAGAUCGUGUGCCUGCACAUACUGUUACACAGGCUUGCAUCUCUUCCAACCAGGCAAUCACCACGGGAAUUGGCCUGAUUGCCAGUGGCCAGUGUGAUACAAUCAUUGCUGGUGGAGUAGAGUUCAUGUCUGAUGUACCCAUUCGUCACAGCCGCAAAAUGCGGAAGCUGAUGCUGGCCAUGAACAAGGCGAAGACUGUGCCUGCUCGCAUGCAGCUCAUUUUUCAGAUGCUGACCCCAUCAGCUUUAACCCCAGAGCUGCCAGCAGUGGCAGAGUUUUCGACAAAUGAAACAAUGGGACAUUCAGGAGACAGGCUUGCUGCCGCAUUCAAGAUUUCCAGGCAGGAACAGGAUGAGUAUGCUUUGCGGUCUCACACUCUAGCAGAUGCAGCAUCAAAGAAGGGUCUUCUCAGAGAUCGGCUAACCUACAAAGUACCAGGUGUCGCUGAACCUGUUGAUAAUGACAACGGCAUUCGACCUUCCUCUAUGGAGCAGUUGGCAAAACUGAAGCCAGCAUUCAUCAAACCCCACGGCACAAUUACAGCAGCCAAUGCUUCUUUCCUGACUGAUGGUGCCUCAGCCUGUCUGAUAAUGUCAGAGGAGAAAGCAUUGGCUAUGGGUUUCAAGCCACUUGCUUACCUUCGCAACUUCAUCUAUGUGGCUCAGGACCCAAAAGAUCAGCUGCUUCUUGGGCCUGCCUAUGCCACCCCUCAGAUUCUUGAAAAAUCUGGACUCGCCUUGUCUGAUAUCAGCGUCUUUGAGUAUCAUGAGGCAUUUGCUGGACAAAUCUUGGCUAACAUGAAGGCUCUUGACUCAGAUUGGUUCUGCACAAACAUGAUGAAACGAUCUGGAAAGUUUGGAGCCCCUCCUCUGGACAAACUGAACCUUUGGGGUGGCUCUCUGUCCUUGGGACAUCCUUUUGGGGCCACAGGAGUGAGACUGGUCACCACUGCAGCCAAUCGCCUGCAUAAUGAGGAUGGGCAGUUUGCCUUGGUGGCUGCAUGUGCUGCUGGUGGACUGGGUCAUGCCAUAAUUGUGGAACGAUAUUCUAGCUGAAGCUGUGACAGUAAGAUGGGGAUGACAUUAACCAUGAACAAGUUGGAAUUUGUUACUUGAGUAUGAUGACAGAACUUGCAGAGAAAAUCUAAGAGCAUCUUCACAUGUACAAUAUAAUUAAUGGAUCAUUGUCUCAUACUUUUUUUUCAAAUCUUGCAGAGUUUAAAGUACAGUUGUUUUUUCUGACAAUGCAACUUUUGAAGAAUAGGAAUGGAUACAGUGUCAUUUCUACUGAUUGUUGAAUUUGUUGUUUCUUGAUGCUGUUAAGUUGCAAGGCACAUUUUUUGCUAAGGGUGUCUUGUAACGUUUUCUUGCAAAUCAAAUUGACAUCACAAACCUUCAGAAUAAAUCAUCAGAGCUGGAACCAAGACUUUCAACCUCAAAGGACUAAUCUUAAUUCAAAUUCAGAUUUCCUUUUACCUGUUUACUAAUUAUUCAUGACCCAAGAGCUUUAGCGAGCUCAAAAUGCAGGAGGGUUUCAUGUGAAUAAAUAUCUGUGUGAAGGUGCAUGCAUGUGAAUGGUGUGAUCCUGAAUAAAUGUUAUUGAUGUUUAAAUGGUUAACUUUCCAAUCACAUGAAUGGUAUGAGCCUGGAUAAAUAUUUUUGAUGCAUACAUAUAGGUUAAUUUUACAAGUAACACAUUUGACUAUUUAAACAUGUAGAAUCAAAUGUAGAUGAAAUCCGUCUGUUAGAAAAAUAAAAUUCUAAUGACUUGCAUUUUUAGAAACUUGCAUAUUCCUCUUAGAAAAAUUUCAUUUGUACAAGAGAUUUGGUUGGGGGAUGGGGUAUGUUUACUUAAGGUUCCAGCUUCAGUGGGCAUUGUAUUAAAUGCAAAAGGGUUACAGUGUCUUUGUAUAUCCCAUACAUGUAACUAUGGUCAAACACAAGACAGAUACGAAAUAUUUCAGUAGAAUUUAUUCAUUUGACACUUCAGAAAUAUAAUUACAUCAGAAAUUAAAGGUCUUUCAAGUACAUCAUGAUGUGCAAAAUCUUUGAUUUGGAAAUUUUUAAGGUUCGGCAGAUCAAAUUAAUGUCUGUGCAUGCAUCUUGUUUUUCUGUAAAUAAAAUCACAAAAACA